AUGCGAGAACACAAAUUACUCUGCACUAAUCAGCACAAACGUGGUCGUCUUGCAGCGUCGUCGCUUGACAGUAAUCACAUUAGCGGAUAUCGUUGCUGUUUCUGCAAUAGUCCAUACCCGACAACAGCUCACCUGAAAAGUCAUUUGACCAGAGGUUGCUUCAUGGAUCCGUCCUUCUCGAUUGAGAAGCGGCGCAACAUCAACAGAAUGGAGUCCAGGAAUUAUGUGUGUCCAAAGUGUUCGCAGGGUUACAAGAAUAAGCGUACGUUGGACACGCAUUUGCGUAUCGCGUGCGGCCGCGAGCCGAAGUUCCAGUGUCCGUACUGCGACCUGAAGAAUGAUAUAUUAAUAAUAGACGAAGAUGGUAAGUGGCAUUAUUUCGAGACAUUGCACCAAAAGGAAUCAAAAGAAAAAGACAACUGGGAAGACAAUGAUGAGAAUUUACAAAUUGAUAAGAGUAACAAGACGACUAACGAGGGAAAAGAUCUCAAGCUAUAUUGUGGUCACGAAUUUAGUUAUCGAGCUAGUUAUAACAGGCAUAAGAAGAAGAAACAUUGCUUUGCUGCUAAACAAUUCCGCACGUCCGUCGUCCGAACGUAUACCUGCGAAUACUGCAGCAAGGGCUUCACCCUUAAGCGCUUUCUUUACGCCCAUCUGAAGAAGAGCUGCUAUUGGAACCCGAGUUCCGAAUGCUACCACGCGCAGAAGUUGAAACCCUUCUCGUGCUCCGGAUGUGGUGCCUCGUAUUCGAAGCAGAGUUCUCUCAAGUGGCACGUGCGUCACGAUUGCGGUAGAACUUUAAAAUGCGACGAUUGCGGCAAGACUUUUUUACAAUCGAACAAAUUGGAGCUAGGCACGAAUAAUUCGACGCGCGGCGAAGGCACCAAGCGAAAGUAUAGUUGCAAGUACUGCGGCAAGGGCUUUACGCAGUCCGGCCAUUUGAGGAGCCAUCAGAAGAGCUCGUGCUACUGGAACCCCAGGUCCACCUGCCAUCAAUCGCAGAAGAUCAGGCCGUUCUCCUGCACGCAGUGCGGCGCCUGUUACUCCAAGCAGUCGCACCUCAUCUUUCACGUUCGGCACGAGUGCGGCCGCACGCAAAAGUGCAACAUCUGCGGCAAAACGUUUCUACACAGCAGCAGCCUACGAAGGCACCGUCAGAGAGCGUGCAAUUUUCAGCUUUGCUAA